AACAAUAUCUUUCUCGGUUUCUACAUCUAUACAUAUACAUAUACACACAUAUAUAUACACGCUCACAUCUAUGUAUGAACAUUAAGCAAUGCCUUCUUCACUGCAGCUUCAGAGAAACCACCGCCACACCCACCACCACCACCACCACCACCACAAACAACAACCCCUCAACGUGUGGCACGUUCUCUUGAUAGAAGAAGAUAUGGUCGUGCCAGACCACGUGGAGCGACUCCACACGCGCGCCGUGGGCCCCAACCAGUGCUGCUCCUCGGUGGUGCAGACCAUCGAGGCACCCGUGUCCACGGUCUGGUCGGUGGUCCGCAGAUUCGACAACCCACAAGCCUACAAGCAUUUCCUCAAGAGCUGCCACGUCAUCCUCGGGGACGGCAAAGCUGUUGGGACACUCCGCGAGGUGCGCGUGGUGUCGGGGCUCCCCGCGGCUUCGAGCACGGAGCGGUUAGAGAUCCUGGAUGACGAGCGACACGUGUUGAGCUUCAGCGUUGUCGGCGGGGAGCACAGGCUCCGUAACUACUGGUCCGUCACGACCUUGCAUGGCUCGACCACCGGUUCGGGGACGGUGGUGAUCGAGUCUUACGUUGUGGAUGUUCCACAUGGAAACACCAAGGAGGAGACGUGCGUUUUUGUGGAUACAAUUGUGAAGAGCAAUUUACAAUCUUUGGCUCAAAUUGCAGAAAACAUGGCAAAAACUAGUUCAAAAGAUUGUAUAUAAAACCAAUCUGCUCAUAGGGUUUGUGUUUCAUUAACUUUAAUUGUUUUUUUUUUUUUUUGUUUCUGAUAUUGGGUUAAGAGAUUGAUUAGGUAUGAUUUUGUUUUGUGGAUCAAUGCCUCAUAUAUAAUUAAUUGUAGAUCGAUCGAAAAAUAUUUCAAGGUGUUGAUAUGUAUUUUAUAGACUUUAUUAAAUAUGUAAUUUUGCUUGUAAUUAAUUAUGUUUUCCUCUUA